CAAUAUGAGACAGUGUGAGACAAUAUGAGACAGUGUAAGACAAUGUGAGACAAUAUGAGACAGUGUGAAACAAUAUGAGACAGUGUGAGACAAUAUGAGACAGUGUGAGACAAUGUGAGACAAUAUGAGACAGAGUGAGACAGUGUAAGACAAUGUGAGACAAUAUGAGACAGUGUGAAACAAUAUGAGACAGUGUGAGACAAUAUGAGACAGAGUGAGACAGUGUGAGACAAUAUUAGACAAUAUGAGACAGUGUGAGACAAUAUUAGACAGUGUAAGACAAUGUGAGACAAUAUGAGACAGUGUGAAACAAUGUGAGACAGUGUGAGACAAUAUGAGACAGUGUGAGACAAUAUGAGACAGAGUGAGACAGAGUGAGACAGUGUGAGACAAUAUGAGUCAAUAUGAGACAGUGUGAGACAAUGUGAGACAAUAUAAGACAGUGUUAGACAACAUGAGACAGUGUGAGACAAUAUGAGACAGUGUGAGACAGAGUGAAACAGUGUGAGACAAUAUAAGACAGUGUUAGACAACAUGAGACAGUGUGAGACAAUAUGAGAAAGUGUGAGACAAUAUGAGAAGAUAUGAGACAGUGUGAGACAAUGUGAGACAAUAUGAGACAGUGUCAGACAGUGUCAGACAAUAUAAGACAGUGUGAGACAAUUUGAGACAGUGUGAGAAAAUUUGAGACAAUAUGUGAGACAAUAUGAGACAACAUGAGACAACAUGAGACAGUGUGAGAUAGUGUCAGACAAUGUGAGACAGUGUGAGACAAUAUAAGACAGUGUGAAAAAAUUUGAGACAAUAUGUGAGACAAUAUGAGACAACAUGAGACAACAUGAGACAGUGUGAGAUAGUGUCAGACAAUGUGAGACAGUGUGAGACAAUAUAAGACAGUGUGAAACAAUUUGAGACAAUUUGAGACAGUGUGAGAAAAUUUGAGACAAUAUGCGAGACAAUGUGAGACAAUAUGAGACAAUAUGAGACAAUAUGAGACAACAUGAGACAAUAUGAGACAACAUGAGACAAUGUGAGACAAUCUACAGUGUGACAAAAUAUGAGACAGUGUGAGACAAUGUGAGACAAUAUGAGACAGUGUGACACAAUAUAAGACAAUGUGAGACAGAGUGAGACAGUGUGAGAAAAUUUGAGACAAUAUGACAGUGUGAGACAAUGUCAGACAAUAUGAGACAGUGUGACACAAUAUGCGACAAUGUGGGACAAUAUGAGACAGUGUGAGACAAUUUGAGACAAUAUGGGAUAAUAUGAGACAAUAUGAGACAAUAUGGGACAUUCAAAGACACACAAUGUGUUAAAAGACAAGACUUACAUGCAAAGACAUCACAUCAAAAGAAAAAACAUGAUAUCAAAAAACAUAAAAAGACUUAAAGACAAAACAUUAAUAAGGUUGUUUGGGGGUGGAGGUUGGAUUAUUAAUCAUAUUGACGCGCAGCACAAAUACUGUUUUUAUUUUCUCUUUGAUGCUAGUUGUUGUUGUUGUUGUUGAUGUCCACAGUGUCCAUCUGUUUACUGCUCACACAGUGGCUGCAGGGGGAGGCAGCAGAUGGCCUUUGUGCUGGGCUACCUGCCUCCUCUCUCUCUCUCUCUCUCUCUCUCUCUCUCUCUCUCUCUCUCCCUGUCUGUCUCUGUCUCUCUCUCUCUCUCUCUCUCUCUCUCUCUCUCCCUGUCUGUCUCUGUCUCUCUCUCUCUCUCUCUCUCUCUCUCUCUCUCUCUCUCUGUCUCUGUUUCUCUGCCUCUCUCUCUCCCUCUGUCUCUCUCUCUGUCUCUGUCUGACUGUCUCUCUCUCUGUCUGACUGUCUCUCCCUCUGUCUCUCUCUGUCUUACAUGUCUAAGAAAUAGUUUUUGGAAUUGCAUUUUCCAUGAUGCUUUGGGGGACAUAAACAGGAAGUAUAAUGUUGCUAUGGAGACAGGAACACAUUUUUUAGCCUCUCUCCUCUGAGAGCGCCGUGGUUACAGGUUCCCUCCUCCAUCUCCCCUUUCCUCACCCUCCCUUCCUCUCCUCACUCCCUCUCCUCACCCCGGCCUCUCUGAGCAGUUGACCUCUUCAGCAGAAAGAGAGGCUGAAGGAAAGACUCUUUGAUCCUCCUGAGGCGAGACCGCCGUCAGGAGGGAACAGUUCGUUUAAUGGGGACUACUUUCAGCGGCGGAUUAAUCCACAUUUGUUGCUGUAUUGAGUCGUUGAGGCAGCAGGAUGGUUUUUAUAUGAAUUCAAUUCAAUUCAAUUCAAUUUUAUUUGUAUAGCGCCAAUUCAUAACAGAAGUUAUCUCAGGACACUUUUCAAAUAGAGCAGGUCUAGACCGAACUCUUUAAAACAUUAUUUACAGAGACCCAACAGUACCACCAUGAGCAAGACCUUGGCGACAAGGGCAAGGAAAAACUGCCUGUUAAAAGGCAGAAACCUAGGACAGAUCCUCCGGCUCUAGGUGGGUGGUCGUCUGUCUCGACCAGUUGGGGUGAGAGAGAGAGAGAGAGAGAGACAGAGAGAGAGAGAGCGAGAGACAGACAGACAGACAGGUGCACAGCAACAACAGUAUUGGCAAUCUAUAUCUAGCAGGACCAUGGCAGGAGGCUCCACCAGGAUCGAUAAGAACCUGCGAGACGAGAAAGCACAAGAACUCCGGGGAAGAAGUGGAGUUAGUAACAUGCAUUAAUGGGACAUGAAUGAGUGCAGAAAGAGAGAGGAAGAGAGGAGCUCAGUGCACCAUCAAUGAUGAUGCAUCUCAGCAAUCCUAAAAUAAUAACUAUAAAUAUAACUGGGUGAAAGGGGUUCUUCAGGGUUCUUCAGGGUUCUUUUUCACUGACAUUGUCAUUGAUCAGUCUGCUGUGGUGUGGUCCUGUUGGCGCUCAUCUUCUGGUCUGACAUGAAGAGGAAGGGAGAUAUUUCCACAGACCCCAGCUCAAACUAGCCAGUAACUGCUGAGUCAUGUCUGCCAGCCUGGACGAUACAGACAACGUGUUCGACCUGAACGAGGCGAUCCCAGAGACCGAGCUGCUGGAUAACAGCAUCCAGAAGGGCCGGGCUCAGCUGUCCGUCAAAGCGCGGAGGCACCGCCCCUCCAGGUCGCGUUACCGUGACAGCGUGAGCUCGACGGAGGGCGACGACAGCCUGGACAGGAAGGACAGUCCAUUACACUCUGCUCGCUCACCUCUACACCUGGCUAUGCGAGGCUCCUCCCCCUCUCCUGAUUCGCUGUUAUCGGCUAGAAGCCCCGCCUUCUCCUUCGACACAUCACUGGUACGUCGCUCUCCGGAGGAUGAAGGAACGUCAUUGGCCGCUCCGCCACGGGGGCGAUACCGCCAGCUGACCAACGCCACGUCUCAGGAGGCUCUGGUGACCCCCAGUAGUUCACCCUCCAGGUCCUGCCCCCCCUCUGACUGCUCACGUGUCUAUAGGAGGAGCAGGAGGCCCGACAGCGAAGUGUUGGUGUCUGACUCGAGUCGGGACACCAGUCCAGCUGAUCCCGGCAGUCCGACCGUCGUCUUCGACAAGAAGACCAAGAGACGCUUCCUGGACCUCGGGGUGACUCUGAGGCGUUCAUACAUCAGGGUGAGGAAGGAUAAGUCAAACAGGCUCUCUGUGGGCAGCAGAGAGCCGUCUGAGAGUCCGUCACGGUCUUCAGGAUCCUUCGUCCCGUUCUCUUGGUUCACCGAAGGACGGGGGUCGCUCUCCUCCUCCGGGACUCCCCCCUGCUCCCCCAAAAACACCCCGUUGAGCUCCCCGAAACCCUGCAAGUCUCACUCACAGGAGUCGGCUCUCAGUGAGGAGUUCUCUCCUCCUCACACCUCCUCCUCCACCUCUCCUCCACCUGUCGACUCCUCCAGAUCCUCCCAUCCGUACCACACCCUGUCCCAGUCCUCUGAUGAGCCCUUCGAUGACCCGUCCUGUCCCGUGUCCUCGUGGACGACUCAGCAGGUCUGUCAGUGGCUCAAAGGACUGAACAUGGAGCAAUAUGUCCCAGAAUUCAGUGCGAGAGACAUCGAUGGACGGGAGCUGCUACAGCUGGACGGCAACAAACUGAAGGGUCUGGGCGUGCUCAAUUCGUCUGAUCGCAGCACUCUGAAGCGUCGCAUUAAAGAGAUUCAAACUGCAGCAGAGAAAGAGAGAAAAGCUCUGGACAAGAUGGAGAAACAGAAAGAAAAACAACGAAGAAAAGACCAAGAACAACACAGGAACUGACUACCAGGGAGAGACAGAGGGGUGGGACAUAGGGCAGUGAGGGGGAGAACGGAGGACAACGAGGGGGGAGGGGGGAGGAAAUAGACAUUUUGUUGUAUUUCAGACGGUUGCUACGGUUACCCUGAAAAAUCCAUUUUAAAUUCUCUCUUUAGUUUUUUCUGCUGCCUUUUGGAUUAAUUUCAACAAAAUCGGACUAAAACGAUUUAUUGUAAAUAAAAACAUUGAAAGAAAAAUCACUGAAAACAACAAAUAUUAAAUAUAUCAUUUUUUUUAUCACUGAAUAAAAACUAAAUGAGAGAAUGAAAGACAAUUUGAUGUAUUUUGCUCUUGUAUGUGUUUUGCCCUUUCGGGCCACUGUAGUUUAAAGGACACAUCUCCUGUGGUGCUUCGCUUCCCACAAUCCAUUGCAGAGCUGACUUCUGACUUCUGACUACUUUAAACUUCAGUGUUACAUCAGGCCUUUCUUUGCCUCCAUAAAAGCACCUGAACACAUCAUCUAACAGUGAACUCUGAUGUCACGUCGUCUGAUUUGAGAAGCAGGUUCAGAGUUAAGCCCCGCCUCCUGUGCAGCAGUAUCUGACCACACCCCCUCUCCAUAUGUGGGCGGGGCCAGAAAAAUAAAGAACUGGAACGGACAUGAGCUGUUUUAAAGACAUUAAUUUAUCUGAUUGUUUGCAGCACAACGACAUGUUUUACUGUAGGAGAAGGAGCAUCAACUGAUGACUGACCUUUGACCCUGUGACCUCUGACUCUGUGACCUCUGACCUCCAACUUAAAAUGAUGAUUUCAAUAAAUAAACCUGUGAGAAUCUGGAA